GAGGGAGAGGGAGAGGGAGAGAAGAAGAGAGGGGGGGGAGAAACUACAGGAGGAUAUAAAGACACAGUCAAAGCAAGACCACGGGCCGACUGGCUGUACUGAGAAUUCAUCCCCUGUUCUGCUCUGUACGAAUGAAGAUGCUGGUCUCUCUGUAUCUGUGUCUCCUGCUGGUGUUUCUGCAGACUAGGAGCUCCACAGCUUCCAAAGGACAAAGGAACCAGAAGCUUGCAGAGGACAUGCUGAGACCCUACAUCGGCCGUGUUGAACCAGAGGAACUGUGUAAGUUACUCAAGUGCUACAAGCCCGUUGGGUCGUGGUGUAAGGUUGUGGAAGAGGACGGGGUCCGCGUUCCCAAGUGUGUCUGCCCCAAAUCCUGCCCCAGACAGGUGGCGCCAGUGUGCAGUGUCCUGGGGAAGUCCUAUGGGAACCAGUGCCUGUUACACAAGGAGGCAUGCAGGAAACGACGCAGGACUGGCCUGGCUCACCAGGGGCACUGUAUCGUGCCUGAGGCUGUGUGCUCGGAGAGGGAGUACGAGCAGUUUCCCUUCCGCCUGCUGGACUGGUUCCUGCUCCUGAGCCUCAUGGGGGACCUGGGUUCAAACAACACCAACAACAUUCCCAGCCCCCCCCUGCCACAGAGCUGCCUGAGCAGAAAGCAACGCAGGAGACUGGCUGAGUGGCGGUUUGGUGUCCUGGAUCGGAACAAGGAUGGUAAACUGGGCCGGAGAGACCUGAAAAAGCUUCACUACAAACACAUGCCGCUGGAGCACUGUGCACAGAGAUUCUUCCAGUCCUGUGACGCAGACAGCAAUAAGAAGGUGACUCUCAGGGAGUGGACAGGCUGCCUGGUGGAUCGCUCUGAGAUCUGGUUCCAGCAAUUCAUGUCUAUGAAGAUGGGUUCCAGUAAGCUGUGCCUUCAGCUGGAGAAUAACCACUGACAGAUCAACUGAUCUUUAUGACUUUAUUUCUAUUGAGUUCCAGAUGCUGAUGUGACAGCCAUGUCUUUGUAUCAGAUAGUUUGUAUCAGGUGGCUGGUAUUAGAUAGUUUAUAUCAGAUGGAAAUGAAAAAUAAUAAUAAGCUAUACUGUUUAAUUAUACUUAUUUAACUAUGUGUUACUUAAACUAGACUGCCAUAUAGGGUCCUGUGUAAGAUGCUAGUUGAAAGCCCCCAAUCACUCUGAACUCUUGCAAUGUAUAGACUAUAUAGAUUGUAUAAUAAUAUGUGAUUUGCUCUAUGCUGGUGUCAGACCUUUUUGCCUAUCUGAUCAUGCAGAUUCCCAAGUGCUUGAAAGAACUCUGUUUUGUCUCGUGCAUAGCAGACAUCCGUAUGUACUGUAUCAGCAUAACCCAGCUGUGUGUCAUUAUUUACACAUGUACUGUUCCCCAAUGGGAUUUUUCAUCACAGUGCCCGACCACCUGAAGUCUAUAUUUAUGUUGCGUUAACGCCUGCAUGGCAAGUUCUGGCCACCCCUAGAAAAGCUAUUAGCUUUUACAGCAAGUGGAUAAUUGAUCAGUACUCAACGCAGCAGUUGAUCACAGCCAAUAAAAGAGCAAUUAGGAGCUGAGCCAGCUGUGUCACAUCACAAACAACGGAUUCUGUAAUUUACUAGAGUAAUGACUAAUAAUGACUUAUAGAGAAAGAUCAUUACCAGACAAGUAAUAUAUUAUGAAACUAUAUAUUGCACAAAUACAUUGUGUGAAUCAUUACACAACACAAUGGGUGAAUGCUAAGAUCAGUGCAGUUUUAUAGUGCAGUAUUACAACUAUGUGUAGUUUACUGUAGGUUUCAAUGUGUUUUAUAUUUGAAUGCUUAUUGAAUGCAGUAUAUCUGUGUUAUGUGCACUAUGUAGUGGUAUGCAUGUGUAAAAAAAGGUUGUUUUAAGAAAGAGAGUAAAUUAAAUGAAUACCAAUUGUUUCACUAGAUAAAUGAAAUCAAAUCUUUUUUUUUUUUUUUAUCUAAAA